AUGAGUACAACUUCAGAUUUAACUUCACAAGCUGAUACACCUGAACUAUUAUCGAUUGAUCUUGAUUCCUUUAACCUCGAACCAUUUGAAUUACCCAAUGAUUUCUUAAACCAAUUACCUCCUAAUCUAUUUCAAUUAAGUUCUAGUUCUUUAACACAUGAUAUUAUUCCAAUGGCUACUCCAACUAAAAGGAAACCGGAAUUUGAAGAAUCUUCAGACCUUUCUUCUGAGUCUAACCAAACCGAACCAAUCUCUGAAGAACCAGCACCGGAUCCCGACAAAAUCAGCAUCACAUUCACUCUUCCAAUGGAAACUCUAAAGUAUUUAAAACGACAAGAAUAUUUAGUAGUAAGACAAAUCAUUUUCUUAUCGGGUUCAACUUGUCAAUUAAAAUUAAAAACCAAUCAUCAAGAUAUUGAAUUUUUAGAAUUCAUUAGCUCUGGUACGAAUCAUCAAGUUUCAAAAUCGAUUGAACUUUUAACUUUAAAGAUUUGGAAAUGGAAAUUAAAAUCAAAAUCUCAAACUCAAAAUCAAAAAAAAUGA